UGUGAGAUGGAGCUUGGCUAAAGCGCGAGCGCGUCCCUCCAGACGUUGUUAGUCUACAUGGAGGCGCACUUCCGUCCCGCAUAAAUCGGUUUAGGGGAGCAGGUGCAGGGAAAGGGGACUGAAGCAUCACCUCAGAUAAAGCAAUAUAUUUGAUUUACUGUAGCGUUGAAUUUAUACAUAUACGCUGGCUCGGAAGAUGGUAGCAAAACAAAGAAUCCGUAUGGCAAACGAGAAGCACAGCAAAAACAUCACUCAGAGGGGGAACGUGGCGAAGACCCUGCGACCGCAGGAGGAGAAAUAUCCGGUGGGGCCAUGGCUUCUGGCACUCUUUGUAUUUGUUGUCUGUGGAUCAGCCAUUUUUCAGAUAAUUCAAAGUAUCCGAAUGGGAAUGUGAGUCCCAGUGUUGUUCACAUACCCUGCCCUACAUCUGAAUGAGAUUGUUCGUGUGAUCGGAUACAAACUGAAGGAAGACUGGAAGGUUGAAGUCGUCCUCGGCGUGGGUCAGAGGCUCGUGUGCUGAGCUGGAUCUAAUGUACAGAACUACAUGACAUUGUCACACAUGUUUACAGUGUUCCUGGAUGAAGGGAACACAUGCUUUUCUACAGAACCAUUUUUGUUGUUGACAUCAUAUUUAUUUGUGAUUGAUGAUUGCCAUGAUCUAUUUCUCUAUUUAAACUGUGUUUGCGUGAGCCUUUUUCAAAUAAACGUCAAACACUUUUGGAUAAUGCCUCGUUAACAUUUCAAAACUUUGUCAUUAUGUAAUCUGUCAUGAAUGUUACAGACAGUAGAUUAUGAUUUGUCAUGUAAAAUUAGCAGAUCGCACACUACGGCACAGGCGACCCCACUGGAUCAGGGAUCUUUAUGUAAGGGAUAGUUCAUCAAAAUCAUUUGCUCACUCUCAUGUUGUUCCAAACUCUGUUGAACACAAAAAGAUGAUAUUUUGAAUAAUGUUGGUUGUCAAACAGUUGAUGACACCCAUUGACUUCUAUAGUAGGUACAAUGGUCACAGUCAACUGUCUGGUUACAAACAUUCUUCAAAAUAUCUUCCUUUAUGUUCAACAGAAGAAAUAAACUUGAGGGCGAGUAAAGGAUAAAAUGUUCCUUUUUGGAUGAGCUAUCCCAUGAAGUUUGUGUCACCUUGACCCUUUUUCCCCCCAUCUAGUCCCUAAGAAAACAUUGAUUAACUGAAGAGAAAUUCAAUUCAAAUCAUUUAAAAUUUUCAAGCACCAUAAAGAAUGACUUAUUUAUAUAAGAUAAUUGUUAAAUUCCCAUCUGGUGUAUAGCCAUUAUUCAUUAUACAGUUCAAAGAUUAAACUUUAACAUUUUCUAAAAGCAUGUUAUUGAUCUUAUUGUGAACAAUCUAUUUUUUAGACCUUCUCGCAAUUUUUAAAACGAAAUAGAACUCUAUCUUCCAGUGAAAACGACAUUAAAUUUACACUUUUUUUUUUUUACAAUAAUCCGUUACACUCAGGUGUAGCUCACAACAUAGAAGAAAUAAUCCGUCUAUACUUCCGUUUCAUCACGUCUUCAAGAAACAAUGAUUUUAACGUGACUACAGUACUAGUAGUAAUCGUAAUUACUACUACAGUAAUGAUAUAAACCCUCACCAAAUCCUUGUCCUAUGAUCAACCCUAGUCCGGUUAAAUGAAUGCACCUGGCAUGCCACACAUGCUAAAGCAUCUCAAGGAUUUUUCUCACAAACAUGACUUUAUUGAGAGUUGUGAAGUGCAACUGGCAAGUGCAAUUACAGUAUUUUACAACUUAUCUCCUGGUUUGAGAACAUGCACAGAAACAUAAGCAUACAAGUUGUACACAAUGCAAAUCCAUGUCAGCUAUAUGAUCGUCAAGAGUAACUGCAAGUUAAUAGAUUGAUCCAGAAUACUUAACUGUCCAAACUGAAAACAGAAAUCACAUGGUUGUAAUACUUCAAAAUCAUCUCAAGUGAACAAAGUAGUGUACAGCGGGUGUUAGAUGAGUAGGUUUUUUUUUUCUCCAUUUGUCAGAUAAAUAUCGUAAGAGUGAUCCGGCUUAACGGCAUAAAAAAAGGAUGUGGUCUCCUCCAACUACCUCGCUACCCUUUAAAUAUGUACAACCUAUAUAGUGUCUCUUUAACCGCUUCACAUGAUAUCGCUAUUUUACAAAAUACUUACACUAAUCAUACAAUAAUAUACAGCCCAUCCACCUCCAAAUUCAGCUUGCGUCUCAUCCGUCGUUCUCACUGCGCAGAGAACGAAUGCAGAUUUUAAGCAUCAUGCCUCCUCGUU